AUGGCCUCCUUCGACGCCGCGGUCCUGGCCCCCACGCUCGCCACCGCCGACUUCAAGACCAUCGAGCCCCACCUCGCCCAGCUCGACAAGUUCCUGACGCUACGAACUUACCUCGGCGGCUACACGCUCAGUGAGGCUGACGAGAAGGUCUGGGCCGCCGUGCGCUCCAACAAGGUCGCCGUUGGCCUCAUCCGCAAGGCCGGCUUCGCCAAUGCUGCCCGUUGGUUCAAGUACAUCGAGGACGCCCACCCCGAGGUCAAGGAGAAGGCUGCCGGUCCUAAGAAGGCUGACAAGAAGGGCGGCGCUAACUACAACAUCGGUCUGAGCAACACCGACAAUGGUGUGGUCACUCGAUUCCCCCCUGAGCCCUCUGGUUUCCUCCACAUCGGACACGCCAAGGCCGCCCUCCUCAACGACUACUUCGCGAAGCAGGCCCCCGAUGGCAAGCUCCUCGUCCGAUUCGACGACACCAACCCCACCAAGGAGAAGCAGGAGUUUGAGGACGCCAUUCUGCACGAUCUCGAGCUGAUGGACAUCAAGUAUGUCUCCGUCUCCCACACCAGCGACUACUUCCAGGAGCUGUACGACAUCUGCGAGAAGAUGAUCCUCGACGGCGGCGCCUACGCCGACGACACCGACCCGGAGGUCCAGAAGGACGACCGCAAGAACCGCCUCGCCAGCAAGUGCCGCGACCGCCCUGCCGAGGAGAGCUUGGCCAUGUUCCGCGAGAUGAAGGCGGGAACUGACCUCGGCCGCAAGCACUGCAUCCGCGCUCGCAUCCAAUUCGACUCCAACAACGGCUCCAUGCGCGACCCCGUCAUCUACCGAUUCCCCAACUUCAAGGACAAGGAGCCCGCGCCUCACCACCGCACCGGCUGGACCUGGAACAUCUACCCCACCUACGACUUCGCCUGCCCCGUCGUCGACAGUCUCGAGGGCGUCACCCACGCCCUGCGCACCACCGAGUACGCCGACCGAAACGAACAAUACCACUGGUUCCUCGAGAACCUGAAGCUCCGCAAGGUGAACCUGUGGGAGUUUGCCCGCAUCAACUUCAUCCGAACCUUCCUCUCCAAGCGAAAGCUCACCAAGGUCGUCGACACCGGCCGCGUUACCGGCUGGGACGAUCCCCGCCUGCCCACCGUCCGUGGUAUCCUGCGCCGCGGUUUGACCGUCGCUGCUCUGCGCGAGUUCAUGCUGAAGCAGGGCCCCAGCCGAAACAUUGUCACCAUGGACUGGACCACCAUCUGGGCCAUCAACAAGCGAAUGCUUGACCCCGUUGUGCCUCGAUUCAUCGCCGUCGAGAAGAAGGAUGCUGUGGCUGUGACCCUCAUCGGAGGACCCGAGGCCUCAUACAAGGAGGACCGACCCAAGCACGCCAAGAACCCCGACGUUGGCACCAAGAAGGUGACGUUUGGAAGCAAGCUCAUCAUCGACCAGGCCGACGUUGCCUCGUUCGCUGACGGCGAGGAGAUUACUCUGAUGAGCUGGGGCAACGCCAUCGUGCGUGGCCUUGACAAGUCAGUCAGCCCCAUCAAGGAGCUCCAGCUGGAGCUGCACCUCGCAGGAGACUUCAAGACCACCGAGAAGAAGGUGACUUGGCUGUCAUCUGACAAGGGCAACUUGGUCGAGGCUGAGUUGUGGGAGUUUGGCUACCUCAUCACCAAGGACACGCUGGAGAAGGACGACGAGCUCGACGACUACCUGACGCCCGUGACGGCCACCAUGACCGAGGCCUUGGUCGACGCCAACAUUUCCGAGCUCAAGGAGGGUGAAUUCCUCCAGCUCGAGCGCAAGGGAUACUUCCGCGUCGACAAGAAACUCGGCGACGGACCCGAGGGACGGGCGGUGCUCUUCAAGGUGCCGACCGGUGGAAAGAGCUGA